CGUUUCACAGCACUGUUUUUGACAUUCACAUUGUAACGCGUUUUGUUUACAUUCGCAUAUUUUUUCAGCAACAGCAUCAAAAUGAAUAUCUUACCCAAGAAACGCUGGCAUGUUCGCACUAAAGAUAAUAUUGCCCGCGUACGUCGCGACGAAGCAGCCGCCCAGGAAAUCGAAAACAAACGACUAGACAAAUUGAAAUUGGCCGAAAGCGAGGCGCGCAUCAACUACCUUCGACGGCAAUCGGGCUUGCCUGAAAAUGUUAGAAAAGGGUCUACUAAUGAAGAAAGCAGUAAAAUUCCAUUAGAAGGAACUAUAACACAAACUUCUACUGUUACAUCCGCAGUAGAUUUAUUUGCAGACUAUAAAAGUCAUGUAAAGAAAACGAAUAAAGACUUGGAAAAGGAGAAGAAAGAAGAACAGGAGAAGUAUGAAAAACAAAUUGGGUACCUCACUUACCUGGGCCAGGACACAAAUGAAGCUCUGAAAGUGCGAAGUUGGUAUGAAUUGGCCCCAAAUCGAACUGAAAAUCACACUGAAAUCCAACUGAAAGCAAAGUUAUCACAAGAUCCACUAACCUUGAUAAAUGCGCUGGUCCCUAAAGAAAAGCCACCUCCUGUUCAAGCAGUCACUAAGCGACGCAAUCGCUCACCCACACCAACUUUGUCAUUGGCUGCAUCAGAGCGUUCGCCUGAAUCCAAGCGACAAAGAGAAAAUGAGAAAGACAAAAAGAAAAAGAAACACGACAAAAAGCAUAAGAAACACAAGCGUAAGAGGAGUAAAUCUGAGAAAAGCAAUGAGGCCGCAGAAGACGCGAAGCGCGAUAAAUUAAACAGGUUACGCAAGGAGAGACUGCUGCGUGAGGAGAGGGAACGACAGCGCCAGGAACAGUUAUUCGCACCUAAGGAAACGGCAAUACCAGCCAAAGCAGCCAUUACACCAGCACCUACGCCACGAAUAGUACAAAAAUAUAACAGCCAAUUUAACCCAGAGUUUGCUAAGCAGAAUAUGAUUUAAUAUGAUAUAAAUAUU